AUGAAUUCCAGCAGUAUCACUAUUAGCGCCUGGAAUAUAAACGGUCUAAGCCAUAGAACACUUGGCAAUAAGCUAAGCAAUUCUGAUUUCACAAAAAAUAUAAAAGAUCAUGAUUUAAUCUUUCUAGUUGAAACAUGGUCAAACAAAACUGACAGCAUUCCUGGUUUCAAGGAAAUAUCUACAUGUACGGCAACGCCUAAAACAAAUUCUAGUUGUCGUAAAUCAGGCGGUAUCACAUUGUUAAUUAAGAAUACACUUCAGCCACUGAUUUACACUGAAAAAUUAACUAAAAACUUCCUAUGGUGCCGUAUUGAUAAAUCAAUUUUGGAUUCCCCACAUGACCUGUUUAUAUGUGGUGUUUAUAUUCCUCCAGAAAAAUCACCAUACUAUGAUGAAGAAAUAUUUAAAGAUUUAGAAAAUGAUAUUGCAGAAUUCUCCACAAAAGGAAACAUCAUGUUACUAGGAGAUUUCAAUGCCCGCACAAAUAAACUAGAAGAUUUUGUGUCCAAAGAAGGAAGUACCUUUAUAGGUGACAUUACCGAAACAUCCUACACCCCGAAAAAUAGGGAGAAUUUUGAUAGCACAGUGAACAACCAUGGAAAAUGUUUAAUUGAGCUAUGUAAGACCUGUAACUUAAGGAUCUUAAAUGGCAGAACACUAGGUGAUUCAUUUGGUAAACCAACUUUCCAUGGAAAAAAUGGAACCAGUCUAGUUGAUUACAUCAUCUGUGACCAAGAUUUAAUCCAAAAUAUUAAACAUUUCACUGUAAAACCUCCAACAUAUUUAUCUGACCACAGUCAAAUCUUAACAUGGAUCAGAACAAAACAACAAAACACUCCAGAAUCCACUUAUCCCACUCCUACAAAUACAUCUACCACUACAAUUUCACAUAAGCUCCCCUUACAGUUUAUAUGGGAGAUCAACACAGCAACUACUUUCAAGGAAAACUUGAAAUCAACUUAUACUCAAAGAAAACUUGACGAAUUAAUUAAUUCAAACCCUCCUGCAACCAAAGAAGGUUUGAAUAACUUUUCUAAUCAAUUUCAAGAAAUAAUUUCAGAUGCGGCUAAGAAGUCACUUAGAAUUAAAAAGACUAAAUAUAGAAAUAAAAUCACAAAUGUAUGUAACAAAAAAUGGUUUGACAAAGAAUGUCGUCUAAAAAGGCACUCUGUCAGAAAACUAGCAAAUCAAAAACACAGAGAUCCCUUGAACUCCGAAAUUCGAAAGAAAUACCAUGAGGCUCUAAAGAUAUAUAAAGAUACCUUGAAACAUAAAAAAGAAAUUUUUCAUGAGAAAAAACUCGAGGAUUUGGAAAUAGCUGCCGAGACUGACCCAAAUUCAUUCUGGAAAAACCUGAAAAACAUGAGUGACAGCUGUGAUGAUCUCUCUUCUAGCUCAACACAAAUAACCAACCAAAAAUGGAUAUCGCACUUUGAAAAUCUACAUACAAAACACAACUUAGGCCCCAAGCAAGAAGGUAUCCUUAAAAAUUUAGAACUUCUUGAAAACAACAUUGAUGACAAUAACACUCUUGAUGACCCAAUUACAGAAGACGACAUUAUAAGUGCAGCUACAAAACUAAAGCAUAAGAAAUCUGCCUACUCUGAUAGGAUAAGGAACGAAAUGAUAAAAUUUAGUGUGAACAUUCUGCUUAAAGGCUAUCAUAAAUUGUUUAAUAUGAUUCUAGAGUGUGGAAUUUUCCCUGAGAAAUGGUGCGAAGGUCUUUUAACCCCUAUUUUUAAAUCUGGAGACAAACAAGAUCCUAACAACUACAGAGGAAUAUGUGUGACAAGUUGUAUUGGCAAAUUCUUCUGUUUAAUUCUAAAUAAACGAUUGAAUGAUUUCACACAAGAAAAUAAUUUAGUUCACCAUUCGCAAAUUGGAUUUCAAUCAGGACAUAGAACAGCCGAUCACGUUUUCACCCUAAAAACGUUAAUUGAUAAGCAUGUCACCCAAAACAAAAACAAUAAAAUUUAUGCAUGCUUUGUUGACUUCAAAAAAGCAUUUGACUCUGUCUGGCAUGAAGGCCUAUACUCUAAACUAUUAAAAUACAAAAUUGGGGGAAAUUUUUAUCGUCUAAUUAAGAGCCUUUAUUCUAACUCUAAAUGUGCAGUCAAAUUAUCCAAAUCCAGAACAACAUUCUUCCCUUAUUCCAAAGGUGUUCGCCAAGGAUGCACAUUAAGUCCACUCUUAUUCAACCUUUACAUAAACGAGCUAACAACAUUAUUUAAUAAUACUGACUCAGACCCCUUCAUACUGCCAAAUGGCUCAAAAUUGAACUGUCUUCUCUAUGCUGAUGAUUUGAUCAUCCUGUCUAGAUCAAGAUUUGGACUACAAAAAUGCCUAAAUGAACUCCAAAAUUGGUGCAGUAAAUGGCUAAUGGAGGUUAACUUAAAGAAAACAAAAGUAAUGAUUUUUCAAAAAGGAAAUAAGAAAAAGACUAAACCAAGCUUCACAUUAGACAGCAAUACCAUAGAAAUUGUACAAGAAUAUUGCUACCUAGGAAUUAAGCUUAACUCAAAUGGUAAAUUCACAUUAGCUAUGAAACAACUUGGUGAAAAGGCACUUCAUGCCCUAUACAGUAUAAGAAGACAUCUCAAUCUACACAAUUUAAACCCAAAACUAGCUAUCAAAAUAUUUGAUACCAUAAUAUCACCAAUUCUUUUAUACAACUCAGAAGUGUGGGGUGCUUAUAUCAAAAAUGACUUUAACAAUUGGGAUAACUCUCAGAUUGAAAAAACACACUUGAGAUUUUGCAAACUAUACUUGGGUGUUGGGAAGAAAACAACAAAUAUUGCUUGCAGAGGUGAACUAGGAAAGUUUCCACUGAUAAUCAAUAUUUACAAGCAACUAUUCAAAUACAUUAUUCAUCUAAAUUCACUACCUGAAGAAGCACUUGCCAAACAAGCUUUUCUUAUCUCGAAAGACUUACACUCCAAACGAAUUACCUCGUUCUAUGGAAAUAUUAUGGAUAUUUUGAAAUCCUAUAACUGCAACACACAAAUAACAGAACUGGAAUCAAUCGCAAUUCAAACACUAAGCUUUAUCCAUGACAACAUAAAGCAAAAAUAUCUUAAUUUUUGGAAACACAAACUUGAAAACUCCUCCAAACUAAAGUUUUACAACACGUUCAAAACAGAAUACCAACUAGAGAAAUAUCUUUCAACAAUAAAAAAUCCAACCGAAAGGAAAGCACUCACAAAAUUUCGAGUGAGCAACCACAAAUUAAUGAUUGAGUUAGGUCGCUAUCAAAAAAUACCAAGGGAAGAACGACUGUGUGAAAUCUGCCAGUCAGGGGAAGUGGAAGAUGAAUACCAUUUUGCAAAUUGGUGUAAAGCCUACAGCAACCAAAGAGAGAAUUUUUACACCACUCUCAGAAACAAGCUAACCAUUAUCAUAGAUCAGGCACAAUUAGUAGAUAUAAUGAAAUCUACAGAGCACGAGACUAUUUUAUCUCUGUCGAAAUAUAUUUCUUCCUGUUUUACGGAAAGAAAUAGAUACCUUGAAAUUGGGAUUGCUGUCAGUUAA